UACAUGAUUAUUGACAAUCUUUAAACUGUCAUUCUAGAUUUUAUAAAAAUAUCAAAUGCGAAAUCCAAAGUGAAUAUACUGUUAAAUUAUUAAAAAAUAAUAUAUGUAGGUACUGUUAAAAAUUAAAUGUAUUGAAAUAACGAUUAAAACUUAGAACUUUCGGCAAUGAAUGAGAAAAUUGGAGACAAACCAGAACAUCUUCUUGAAUUCGAAAUAAAUGGAGACCACAUUCGUCAUAAAGAUCAUGAAAAUUUACACAUCACUAAAGACGAUAUAGGAACUGAACUUAGGACAAACAACGAAAAAAUUGUGGAAUAUAUCAUAUCCUUAAGGCAGCACAGAGACGAACUGAUCUUUAUAAUUGACAAACAGUACAAAGAAAGAAAAAAAUUAGAAACAGAGAUGGAGAGAAUUACUUACAAACUUUGCUUGAUUAACAAGAGUAUGGCACAAAGAAUAAAAACAAAAACUCUCUAUGACGAAACCAUUAAAGAUAUUGAAAAUAAAUAUUCCCAUCUCGUUAAUGACUCAAAACACAUUUUAGGGGAUAUCAAAUCCUCGUACGAGAAUCUGGAAUAUGUGAUAAACAAGAACACAAGCACAGAGGAAGAAAAAAUAGCAGCUGAUUAAAGAAAGUGGAAAAAAUUCUCUCACAACGUCCAUCUAAAAAUAAUUACAAAAUGAAGUUAAUUAUAUACCAAUAACACUUUUAUCACAACUGGUUUGAUGAGUUAUGUACAAUAUAAGUUAUUAAAAUGUA